AUGGAAUCUGUCGUCCCGCCUCAGAUAACCGCCGAGCUGACGCAGAUCCUGUCCAAUCUCGUCCUGGGUGAUAAUGACAUCCGUGCCAGCGCAGAGAAAGCCGUCAACGAGCGCCUGACGCAUACACCCGAGCUGUACCUGCUCGCCCUCGCCCAGUUCGCGAUCACGGCGGACACAGAGGUGAUGCGCUCGUUUUCGCUUGUUCUCCUCCGCCGCCUCCUCUUCCGCCCGGCCCCCCAGCACAUACCUUCGCAUGCCACACACGCGAACCGUUCCUCGCUGUACGACCACCUCUCGCACCAGACCCUCAACACCCUCGAACGGCUGCUUUUAUUCUCAUUGGCGCACGAGCGCGCGGCGAGUGUGAGGCGGAAGACGGUGGAUACGGUGUGUGAUGUUGCGAAUCAGGGGAUGGCGAGGGGUAGACCGUGGCAUGCGUUGCAGGCACAGGCGUUUAGUAUGACGCAUGCGCAGGGGCUUGGAGGUGAAGAGGGUUCUGGCGGUGUGGGUGGUGGUGCGGUGCCCGGGUGGAUGUUGAGGGAGAGCGCGUACAGAGUUUUUGCGGGGUGUCCGAACCUUGUGAUGGAUCUCCAGAUCGAUGCCGUGCUUGGUGUGUUCCAGCGCGGGUUACAGGAUCCUGAGGAUAUCGAGGUCCGCCAUGCAGCGCUCCUGGCGUCCGUCGCGUUCCUCUCCUCAGCAGACGCCACACAACUCGCCCAGUCCAUUUCCCUGCUCUCACCAAUGCUCGACACUCUCCCAGCCCUCUCCAACGCGCUCUCCCAUCCACCAUUACACGCUCCCCUCCCUCCCCCAUCCACAUCUUCCUCUACAUACACAUACGCACCCUCACGACCGAAAACGUCCAACUACCAUUACCUAUCCACCUUCCUCUCGACGCUCACCCCGCUCGCGAGCACACAUCCUAUACUCUUCGCACCGCAUUUGCAGACGCUUCUGACGUUCCUGCCAAGUUUGAUUUUGCCCCCGGUGGAUUGUGGGCCGACGCCGACUGUUGGGAGGCCGUUUCCCGUUGGUGGUGGAGGGAAGAUAAACGGGAAUGGGAAUGGGAAUGGGAGACAGGGUGCGUUUGUGUUUCCGCCUGUGCCGGGAGGAGGGGGGAUGCAUUUGGACGAUGAUGAUGGUGAUGGUGGAGGUGGGUCGCAUGGUUCUACACAAAACGGACAUCUUUCCUCCUCCUCGUCUUCAUUAUCCAAUUCUUCCUCUUCCCCCUCCUACAACCACUCCGACGAAAAUGAUCAUGAUCACGACCAUGACGGAGAAGACGACGACGACGCGUCGCAUGACGAGCGGUCUACUCUCAGGCUUUCAGCUUUGGAAUUCAUGAUUUCGUUAUCGGAGGCGAGACCGAAUAUGGUGAGGAAGGUGGUUGGAUGGACAGAGGUGAUUGUGCGUGCGUGUUUGGAGGGCAUGGGCGAGCUUGAAGAGGAUGGGGAUGUGGGGGAGUGGUUAAGGGAGGAUAGGACGGGUGGGUAG